GAAAUCUUCAUUCUUCGGAUAAUCGUCCUAGGGUUAACAACUCUUUGCAGCCAGUGCGCGUGACAUUGAAGUGAAAGCCGGCGUUUUUUCCCAAGUCAUUUUAUACGUUAUCAAAAUUAUCUUGUUUAUUAUAAACAUAGAACAUAUAAAAUCUUAAAAGAACUAUAAAGUGUGAUCAAAGAUACAAGGUGAUUAGUAUCGAUUGCAGAGCUACCUAUUCUCGGGAUUUCUCACCGCGCCGCACUCGGUACUUCUCCAAAAACGUUAAAGCACAAGAGGAACCGUUACCGUCGCCGAGAUGGCGUUUAUGAUGCCAGUAGUGAAGAACGAUUGGGACAUUUAUCACACGCAGCGUUCUCGCCGCACCUCGGAGUCGGCAGAGAAGGUGGUUGCCGGCGUGGGGGGCCGCGUACGGAAAGUGUCGGAGUCGCGGUCGGAGGGGCCGGCGCUGUCGCCGCGUAUGGGCUCCGCGCUCAGCCCACACCGCAGCGCGCCCGCCAUGCGCUCCCUGUCCUACUGCCGCGCGCCGCACUCGCGGGUCUCCUUGCGGGCCCAAGACAGCCCCAAGGGCUCGGCUAGCCCGCCCAGCGCUGCGCGCGACACGGAAAAGUUCCACAGCAGGGCGCGCGCGGAGUCCCCCGAGCGCUCGCGCUCGCGCUGCGCCGCCUGCGUGCCCUACCUGUGACUGUGACCAAGCUGUGGUCAUGUCGCGCCCGCCGCAACACAAGCGCCGACACACUAUCUGUGAUACGUACGGGAUAGUGCCGAUGCAGAGUUGAGUAGAGAACCUAUGAAUGUGCUAACUUUAACCGCCUAAUGUUUGGGAAAUCCAGUCUAAUCGAUCAUAUUUGUGUUUUAAAGACCGCCCAAUGCAAUAGUUUGUAGCCGUCAUAUUCUGGUCCGCUUCCCCUAAUUGUUGCAUGAAUGUUUAUUUGACCGUUUAUUCUGUAAUAGCGUAUUGUAAUAGCACUCAUCAGUAUUCGAUCGUAUUAUCUGGUCGUUGGAGGCAGUAAUUGUAUGUUUCAAGACUGUAUUUAGUUUAAGGACAUGCACCGGGUAUUUUCCAACUAAACAUGACAUUGUAUACUAUAACUAUAAGCCCGGUUAUUACUUCGUUUAAUAUGUUGUAUACUAGUAUUUUAGUAGUUGUGUUUGGCAGUUCGCGAUUGAUAUCUGUGAUUUGUUAUUAAUAAGCAAUAGUGUUAUUUAUUUGGAGGCGAAUAUAGAAUAGUUCAAAGUAAGCGAAAACUUAAAAUAAUUGUUAUUAUAUUUAGUUUCGAUGGGUUCAAUUCCUUUCUAAA